CAAUAAAAAGGCGAGGGAGCAGGCACAUCGGCAGAGCCCUAUGAGGAGGACAUCCCCACGUACGACAGCUGUCUGUCUGCUGCAGAGAUGGUGCAAGUGACUCCCUUCCUCCUGGUGCUCAGCGUGGCCCUGGUGGCUCCGGGCUUCUCUGCAAGAAAGUGCCCGCUGGAAGGGAGCUGGAGGAACAAGGAGGGCCACAUUCUGAAGAUCUGGUCUGUGGAUGAUCCCACAUGCGAAUGUGAUGGCUACUACAGAAGAAAUGGGAGAUAUGAGCUGAAAGAACGCUGGCUCUACUGGGAGGAUAACACAAUAAUCUUUGGCUUCACUGUCUACUGGUCAUCAGACUUCAGGACCACCUUCAUGAGCUGGUACAGGAAUGAAGGUGGGAAGAAGAGUUUGCAGACCAACUGGUAUGAGGAGAUACGUGUCUGUGACAACACUUGGAAAAUCAUCAGAAGAGGCACCUAUACUUUCACCCGCCUGGACUCAUGCCCAGUGAGCGGCAUUGUGGGAGAUUCCAACACUGACGGAAGCACCUGGGAUGCAGAGCCCCUCUCCUGCAUCAAUAUGGGCCAGCACUCACAGAAGACGCGUAGCAGUGCAGGGGAUUUCAAGGCUGAUGGAAAUGCCUGGGAGGCAGACCCCAUUUCGGGCUCCACCCCAUGCUUCUAAUAUGCAGACCCAAUCUCCUGCUCCACCACGUGCUUCUAAUAUGCAGACAUUCACUCCUGCUCCACCACCUGCUUCUAAUAUGCACACCCCAUCUCCUGCCCCACUAUCUGCUUCUGAUAAUAAAGCUUUGCUGCAAACACCAA